AUGACGCUCGACGCUGCAUUACUACACCACCAGCUCCGCCACUACAUCAGCACCGCCGAUCCAGAUAAGAUCUACGUUGCCGUGGGCAGGAUCAUUUAUACCAUCCAUAUUUCCUCUCGCAAACGUGAAAUCGUAACCGUCGUCCCCUUCGAGCCAAAAUGCUUGACUGCUGCGUUGGGCUGGAUUGGAGUGGGCGGCAGUGAGAACGGCGACUGCGCGUUCAUCAAAUUGGGCGAUUCCAGCGGCAUUUCCUCUCCCAGAACCAGAGCGAGUGCGCUUGGAAGUGGAAUCGAUUCUCCACUUCCUCUUGACUUUGAUCCUGCCCUCCGGAAUCUGCCCCCGCGUGCGCCCGUGGUAGAGGUAAUUAUUCAGGAGUUUGGCGGUAGUAUUGUCAAUUCCAUGACCCUCCAUCGACUCCCAGCGCAGGAUGACCUCUUCGCCCAUGAAGAUAUUGCAGUUCUCAGGUACACCCAAUCACCUCCGCUGACGCAAUCCGGCAUAUAUGCUAAUGCAGAACGGGAUAGCAACAAUGACAAGUCUAUCCGCAUCUUCUCUCUCUCGCGGCAGGAAAUGCUUGACACCAUUCGCCAUCCAAUCUGUAUGAACUACGCCCUUAUGUCCCCCGAUUCAAAGGUCCUCGCGGCUGUCGGGGACGCAAACCAAGUCUGGUUCUAUCGCGCCCUACCGUUACGCGGCGACUCCGUUCCUGCCCCGGGUCUAGAGAAGUGGUUUUAUGAAUGGAAGUGGACCCUGAUCAAAGAAUUUGUACUUGACUCUGACCCCCAUUAUGAUGAUCAGUGUUGCUUCACUAUUGCCUUUUCGCCAAGUAGCAGCCUCUGUGCAGUUGGGUCACAGGGUGGUGUCAUUACCGUCUUUGAUGUGAAUAGCAUCUUGGAUUCUGAUUCUGAAAGUCAUAAAGCUGGCGAGGAGAUUCUUUGUGUCUUUAGGUCGUCGCGGUCUUUCUUUGACGGCGGCGCAGUGCGUUGUAUGACAUUUUCGCCCAGGCCGUGGGACCUUCUCGUCUGGGUUGAAGAUCAUGGCCGAGUGGGAGUUGCAGACAUUCGUCAGGCAUUCUCCCGUCGACAGAUCAUCGAUUUGAACAUGGAAGAAAAGGGAAUCGAGCUCGUACGGACUCAGAACUUAGACAAAAUUGACGAUGGCGAAGGUUCAGGGUCGGAAAGCGACAAUGACCCUUCAAGGGAACCUGACAGAUCUCCAGAAGACUCGAGAGAUCCCGGGCGCCUCUCUCAGGGGAGAAUACACGACGGCCACCAGGACUCGCAAACAAUGCGCGAGGAAUUAGCUCGAGAUCUGACCGCGAGGGAACGUCAAAUCAUCGAUUUCUUGAAUGCUGCCCGAUGGGCGUCGUCGAUUGAAGAAGGCUAUCCGCGAGGUUCAUAUGUUAGUCCCAUGGCUAUACCCCACGCCUCUCCUCCUCGCGGUAGCCGCCAUUCACCGCUUUCAACCUCACCACCAGAUCAUUUUCAUUCGAGGCAUGAGCCUCCCCGGGACCGCAAUUUAGAACGCACGCGUACAAAUGAACCGCGCCGACGUAGUUCUGUUGUCUUAUCCCAAGAAAAUUCGGCGUCAGGCCAAUCAACUUCCUCGAAUUCAGCUUUGAUACCUCACCCAACCAUCACACUGAGAUGGACUGCAUCUCCUUCACGCUUACCACUCUCAGAUUCCCCCUUUGAAACAACGCCGACCAACGUACCCACGACCACCACUAUCCAUAUCAACGGACAAGCCGGAUCCAGCUCUAAUGCGCCUGAGGGCACUUCCGAAAUCACCGCACCCCGGGCUCGCGUGCUCUUCGACCGACAGUUGGGGAACUCUACCGCAAACGGCAGUGGGCAACGGAGAAGUGGCCUACGAGCUAGGUCUAUACCGCGUCGCUCCGAGAGACUACCCAUUUCCACGGCUGAAGCUCAAGAUUCGCGCGGUGUUCAAGAUUCUGAGUUACGUACCAACGUAGCAACUGAGCGGCUGAGAUACCAGCGACGCGCUGCCAUCGAGGAAAGCCAGCGGCUUAAUCAAUGGGAGCAGCAGUACCGCCGGCUUAUGGAAUUUGACCAGCUUCGCAAUAAUCCUCGGUUUAGGAGUCUGCGGGGUGAUUUCGCAGAUCGGGCGAAUCGAGAGCAAAUUGGCGUUGGGACGGCGGGAGUCGGAUGGGGUGAAGAUGGCAGGACGCUGUAUAUCGGCACCGAAGAAGGUAUCUUUGAAUACAAGAUCAAUAUCCAGGAUCGGAAGACCUUUCCCGGGAUCUCAUGCCGGUGA